GCACCGUCCUCGCCUCCGUCUCCCGAGCUAGCCGGCAGGCUGCGCUGUCGCUAGGCAGCGGCGCACGGUACCCUGCGGAAGGGACGGAAGCCCCAGUGAGCCCGACUUAAUUUGGUGAAAAAGCUCCACACGUGGUGGUGGGUGAAGCGGACAAACGAGCUUGGGAAGGGACGCCGAGUGUCAGUGGGGCCAGACGGAAGCCCCGGCGGACCGAAACCAUCGGGGCGUGGAACGUUCGGCCGCGCCAGCGACUUGAGGCGGAAGCGCGGCUGCUGGAGGAGGGAGGCUAUCGCGCGCGGGGCCGUAUGGGACACGAUGUGGGCAACGUGGGGCGGGACGGAAGCCUCGUUGGGUCAGACCGUGGCGACGCGGGAAGUCUGGACGCCGUAGCUGCCUAAAGAGGAGGCCUGAGAAGGAGGGCCGGUCCCAGUGGCGGCAAUGGCGGAAAGGCCCGAGGACCUCAACCUGCCCAAUGCCGUCAUCACCAGGAUCAUCAAGGAGGCGCUCCCGGAUGGUGUCAACAUCUCCAAGGAGGCCCGGAGCGCCAUCUCCCGCGCCGCCAGCGUCUUCGUGCUCUACGCCACAUCCUGUGCCAACAACUUCGCCAUGAAAGGGAAACGCAAGACACUGAAUGCCAGUGAUGUGCUCUCAGCCAUGGAAGAGAUGGAGUUCCAGCGGUUCAUUACCCCGUUAAAAGAAGCUCUGGAAGCAUAUAGGAGGGAGCAGAAAGGCAAGAAGGAAGCUUCGGAGCAAAAGAAGAAGGACAAAGACAAAAAAACAGAUUCAGAAGAACCAGACAAGAGUAGGGAUGAGGAUAAUGACGAAGAUGAGGAAAGACUGGAAGAAGAAGAACAGAAUGAAGAGGAGGAAGUGGACAACUGACCAGGUAUGCUUUGGGGGAAGACCCACUGAUCACGCCCUGUACAGUUUUUGGACUGUGGACUGGGCCAGACCUUGCUAAUUAUGGGAUCCUGCAUCACCUUGGAUGACCGGCAGGGCUGCUGUUUCCCAGGCAAGGGAGGCUCUGUCCCUCAACCACAGCGAGAGAGCUUUCCAUGGCUCUGCAGGGCACCCUGGACAUACUAGAUGUUCAACAACUCCAAACAUUUAUUGAGUUCCUGCUAUGUGUCUGGCACUCUUCCAAAUGCUUUCAAGUAUUAACUCUUAAACCCUAUGAAGGCUCACUGCUGUUAUCGUCAUGAUCCCAACUCUAAUGCUGUAUUACCUCUCUAACCUACAUAGACUUCUCAAAUCAUGGAUUUAUAAAUAACAUUCCUCAAAUAUAAACCCCAACAGUCAUUAGAUCCAGUGGCCUUUUCCUUCUCCACGGCAGAAACAUUUCUUAAUUCCUAUGAGCACCACUCCUAAGCCCUCAAGUCCCAUCUGGACUCCUGUGGCUUCCUUUGAGCUCAGUUUCCUGCCUCAUCUCAACUUCCCCUAUGUACUGCUUGCCAAGUGGCUCUUCCUGGAACAUUUCUGUUACAGUCCCACACUGUUUCCUAUUAAAUCCAUACUUAACCCUGUUAUUCAAAGCCUGCUUAAAGAGGGCUCGCCUUACCAUCUGUUCUAAUCUGCUUCUACUCCAACAUAAAGCUGUAGUCAAGAAUGAAUUCCCAAAAGAACUCCCUUUCCACGUGGCUUUGGUUCUUACCAAACUUUGACUACCUAAGAAAAGUCACGUUUGCUGAAAGUAAGGACUGUGACUUAAAACUACAGAAUUUAAGAACUGGGAAGAAUGCGGUCAUCCCUCAGUUUUUCUCACCUCUAUCAUUCCUGUAGUGGUAUCUGGAUUUUGAACAUUCCUUAUUAGACUAAGGUAAUGUUUCUCAUCAUUUUUAACCAUAGCCCUUGAUGCCUCGAGUUUCUGAACUGGAUUUGGAGGAUUAGGAGGGUCACCAUCGUUAGCCAUGCAAAAUUGCUUUUGCAGCCUAAUCUAUUUUUGCCAAUGGGAAACAGGCUUUUUAAUUUUUAUUUUGGAACAAUUAUAUUUAUAGAAAAGUUGUAGAGUGUUCCCAUAUAACCAUUACCCAACUUCCCCUCAUGUUUACAUCUUACAUAACCAUGGCACAUUUCUCAAAACUAAGAAAAAACUAUUAAUUAAAUUGGCCAAACUUGUAUUUCACCAGUUUUUCUACUAACAUUUUUUUCUGUUCCAGAAUCCAACCCAGGAUACCACAUCACAUUUGGUGAACCAAUUUUCUUUUUGAGAUGAAAUUCAUAGAACAUACAAUUAACCAUUUUAAAAUUAGCAAUUCAGUAGCAUUUAGCACAUUCACAAUGUGCAACCACUACUUCUAUCUAGUUCCAAAACAUUUUCAUCACCCAAAAAUAAAAUCUCAUACUAGUCAAGCAAUUACUCCCCACGUUUCCCUCCCCAGCCACUGGCAACUACCAAUCUCUUUCUUUUUAUGCUCUUUAAAGCAUUUAGUGCCAUUCCAUGUACCUACCUGGGAGGCAUGAUAGUUUAGUGGGUUUCGGGGUGGGGUUGGGGUGUUACUUUUUUUUUAAUUAAAAUAUACAUACUAAAAGGUACAGGUAAGUAUAGAGCUAGAUAAAUUUACACAAACACACUCAGAUCAAUAAACAACAUGAUCAGCACCCUAAAAAGCCCCUUUGGUCUCCCUUGUAGUCACUCCCUAUGUCUCCAGUGGUAAUCACUGUUCUGAUUUGGAACAGCACAGAUUAAUUUUGCCUGGGAUUGUAUUUCAUGUAA